UAAGGCAGUGAAGCAGCGCGAGCGAGCGAGCGAGCAAUACAAAAUAAAAUUUUGCGCAAAAAGGUCCAAAAAUCUGAUCAAUAAAUUGUAGUUAAAAUUGACUGUGACCUGAAACGCGUGUGCGAGACUAGAAAUAAACAAUUGUGCCUUCAUAUUUUGCCAUUAGCCAAGGCAACUGACAAACAAAAUCGGUCUCGAAAUCGCUGCUCCCAAAAAAAAAAGCAGAACGUAAGCAACGAUAACAGCAGAAAAUUUUUGUACGCUGCUCGCGCGUCGUGCUGCCAACUGCGUGAAAAGUGUUUUGGCUUUUUUUGUUUUUUUUUUUUAACCGCCUGCCAGGCAGCCACCGCCACCGCCACCCAAUCGAAAGCACCAACAAAAACAACAAGUAGGACCAAAAAUCGCGGGCAUAAAUAUUGAGAAACAAAUCAGAGCUCUCAUCUCAGCUCCAACUCUGCUGUUCUCACUUGUCUCGUCUUGUCUUGUGUGUGUGUGGUGUGCGUACAGUUGAAUUUUUCAACAAGUUGCCAGCACAGCGCGCAACGCGACACAAACACACUCAAACACACACACACACACACAUGCAUAUAUAUAUACAAAUACAAGCGCGCGCAUAGUGGAGAGAAACAGAAAACAGCAAAAACAUCAGCAGCAACAACAACAAGAGGAGCAGCAACGUUUUUUAGUGAUGUCAUCAGAAAUCGUCGUCCAGCAUUCAAGUUCAACUUCAAACUGGCAAAAUUGAAACGGAAAAGACGCCAAACUGAAGCACUUAUCGGAGAGCGUAACGGUGCUGCUGAAAAUCGCUAAAAUGGAUAGCAUCGUCGAGGAGAACGGCAACUCGGCCUCCAGCGGUAAUGUCAACGAUGUUGAUGUCACAGCAGCCGUAGCCGCCGCCGCCGCAGCAGCAGCAGCGGCAGCAACAGGCGGCCAACAGCAACAACAGCAGCAGCAGCAACAACAACAGCAGCAGCAGCAGCAACAACAGCAGCAGCAAUCACAAAACAACCAGCAAAGUACAACGGGCGGCGUUCCGGCGACGGCCAACACAAACAAUGCCAGCGGCGCGGCCUCCGUGCUGACAACAACCGCCAAUUGCAAUAUACAAUACCCAAUACAGGGUCUAACGCACGGCCUACAGGUACAAUCCGUGAUACAGGCGGCCAAUCACUCAGGUGUCAUACAAACCGCUGCGGGAACACAACAGCAACAACAUCAGCAGCAACAGCAGCAGCAGCAGCAACAACAGCAGCAGCAGCAGCAGCAACAACAACAGCAGGCGCUGGUCGCCGCAUCGACGAUGCACAAGGGCGGAAGUGGAGUCGUCUAUGUGACCAAGCCGGCGAACACGACGGUCAUCCACACGGCCACGGGCAACGCAGUGCAAGUGCGUAACAAAAUCCCUCCAAAUUUUCAAUGUAAGAUCAAACCCGAACCGAAUACCCAGCAUCCGGAGGAUAGCGAUGAGAGUUUAUCGGACGAGGAUUCACAGCAUAUGCGCAGUAAUCUGACACGAAGGCCAUCGUACAAUAAAAUCUUCACCGAGAUCAGUGGACCCGACAUUAGCGCGGGCGGAACACUCCAAAUGCCCGACGGCAUCGUUCUCAGCUCACAGCUGGGUAGCGGGACGGGGGGCGGCGGCAGCGGCGGCGGCAGCAACAACAACACACCAGGCAGUCCAUUGCUGCACAUGGCGCCAGACCCGGCCUUCUAUUUGCCAUCCAAUCGGAUAGCAUACAAUACCAAUAACAGCGGCAUUGCGGAGGAUCAGACGCUCAAGCGGCAAAUACGAUUGCAAAAGAAUCGGGAGGCGGCGCGCGAGUGCCGGCGCAAAAAGAAGGAGUACAUCAAGUGCCUGGAGAAUCGUGUGGCGGUGCUAGAGAACCAAAACAAAGCGCUCAUCGAGGAGCUCAAGUCGCUGAAGGAGCUCUACUGUCAGACCAAGAACGAUUGAACGUGGUGCCGAUGCUGGGAUGGGCAGCGGCGCUUCGUUCUGGCAGAAGCAGCAACAGCAACAGAAAUAUCAGCAGCAACAGCAACAACGGCGACAACAGCAGCAGCAACAGCAGAUGCAGCAGCAGCAGCGGCAGCGUCGUCAAAUGUGGCAACAACAGCGGCAGCAGCUGCAGCAGCAGCUUCAGCUUUAAGUCAACACACAAGCGGCCUGGCAACAACCAACAAGACGAUAAUUACGAUGACGAUGACGAUGACGACGACGCUGACAAUGACGAGAAUGAUGAUGUUCAUGUUGUUCAGGACGCUUACAAGGAUGUGGACGAGUACAAGGACAAUGACAAUGAUGACGCUGACGAUGACGAUGACUUUUACGGUAACGACUGCAGCCGGCCGCAUAUCAUGGUUAACAUACAUAUAAAGCGCUAUAUGUAGUUUAAUUUAUUUAAUAUGAGCAUGUUGUUGUUGCCAUACAAAAAAACACACACACAGAGACACACACACACACACACACACACAGAGAGAGACACACACACACACACUGGUUGUGUGUGCUGCUGGCUUGUUGGCCAAAUGUUGCCAUCAACAUUUGCGUGACGAACAUGCAGCAGCAGCAAACAGACAGACACACACACACACACACACAUGCACACACACACACACACACACAUGCACACACACACACACACACACAUGCACACACACACACACACACACAUGCACACACACACACACACAUGCACACACUAUACAGAGACACAACACACGGACACAGACGAAACACAAUGUAAUUAUGUUUAUAAUUUAAAUGUGUAAUAUUAUUUUAAAGCUUAUGUUUAUGCGUUAGUUGUAUUUGCUAAUUAAAUUAUGCUACACAGUAAAUUUUACUGUUGAUUAAU